AUGUUUUUUGUGAUGAGCUUUUUGUUCUACUGGAUCCUCGACACUAAGUACACGUGGCUGGCCCGGAACGCCACGUUUGUCAUCUGCACGGUCGCCGGGGGCAUUGGAAGUGAGUACGCACAGCACUUCAUCUCCCCGUUCCGCACGUUCGACUACUACGACAUCCUCGUCAACGUGUGUGGGUCGUUGGCUGCGAUCGUCGUGUCCGACGUGUACCGUCUGCUGUACCUGCGGACCGCUCCGGCCGUUGCAGCUGCGGACGCGGACGACGACGGGGUGAAUCUGGCCGAAGUGUGCUAG